AUGAAUCCUACCGCAAAGCUCUAUCAAACCGUCAAUGCGGCGUGGAGGGAGGGACGGCUCGAGAAUAUUCUUGAGCGCAAAAAGGAGUUGGCAUCUCUGCAUGCCGAAAUCAAGACCUUGAAAUCUAAGUUGGUAACAGCCAUAAACAAAGAUCUAGGUGUCUCCGAACCGAGUAUCAAUGAAGAAAUCCGACUCAUCUUAGAGGUUUUGAAAAAGCUCUAUGAUGAUCUGGAUUUUCCCGGACAGCUCGCCAACGAGAAGGCCUUGGCAAGAGGGAAGAGUCUAGAGCAGAAUCUCGUUCCCGUCGGGCCAACUUUGAUCGACCCAUGCCCACAAUUCCCUCUGUCGAGCACGCUGCUUCCACUAGCAGCAGCAGUUGCAGCUGGAAGUGCUGUAGUUAUAUUGGCACUCAGUCAAACUCCUGCCACUUUCGCUAUAAUCCGAGAGAUGGUUCUUGCGACACUCGACAGAGAAGCGAUCGCUAUCACGGAUGGUGACUCAUCCGAUGUGCGCAAAGAGCUGGGCGAGAAGAGAUUUGCAGUAGCAGUACUCCAAAACCACAGUGAAAAGCAGGAUUUGCUUAGAAGACUACAAAAGGUGAAUACCACAGUACGGAUCCUUUCGCCAUCAUCAGGGAUACCCGCAGUCUUCGUGGAACGAGGUGUAAAAAGCUUGACUGCCGUGGCAGACCACAUCCUCACAUCGAUCCUAAACAACCCACGACCUAGCACCUUCAGAACACCACGCAUAGUGCUUGUCGAAGAAAGUCGAACUAACAUGCUUGCGACUUUACUCACAAAAGCUCACAACGGUGCAGCUGAGUCGGUGACCUCUAGUCCUCACGCAGAAGAGCUCCAGGGUCUCCUUCAAGGGAAAACUAUUACUUCGUCUGAUCUUUUGCCAGCAAUAAUCCAACUGAACUCGAGCCAAAUCGACGCAAGUGAGAUACAGAAAAUUGCAAGACAUGUCACAACUCAGCAAAGAGGCGUUGUUCUGUGUCCUAUUCGUAGUUUAGAUCACGGAAUCGAUCUCAUGAACAAGGUUAACACCGAAGAUAUCUCACAAGCACACUAUGUUUUCGGUGACGGGAAAGUCCCAUUUUAUGUUGGCGCUUUUACCAACGCUCAUCAAGUCUUCGUCAAUCAGAUACCAAUGAGAUCUUCAAUGAUUGUUUGUUCCGACUCUACGACCAGCUCCUACGACCUUCCAUAUUCGAGGGAGGACUUUUCCAUCAACAAGCCCUAUCUGCAAGUACCUUUGAGAUCGCCGUUGGAAGAAGACAUUUCUCGUUCGAUCUUGUCGCAUAGACUCGCUCUGGGCAAGAUUCAUCAGCCGAAAGGAGGAAAUAUGUCCUUCUUCGAAAAAGGCUUGAUUUAUGGUCUACUCACCAGCUUGGUUGCUCUGUCUGGGGUAUCCUACGGCCUUGUACGAGGCUUUCGAUAUUUAUCAAACAUUUGA